UCAGCAGCUUCAUGUGGGGUGAAGGGUUUGGUUUGUAUUUCUGGAUGUUCAGCCACCUGGAGACUUUUUGCAGGAGUUUUAGUGUCCGUCUGUAGGACACUUCAGUCUUUUUGUUUUGUUUUUUGUUAUUUUUUUCUGAAUUUGCCCGCAUGGUUAAAUAUAAUGAUCCUGUCGCUACAUCCAAGGACUUUACUGCUAUUAGUGGCAACACAAGUCGCAUUUGUGGCCGUUGUCAGAUGCCAGGAGGACGGAGAUGACCAGGAUCCAGGCAGCUGCGUUCAGGACGGCCAGCUCUAUAGCGACAAGGAUGUGUGGAAACCGGAGCCGUGUCGCAUUUGUGUUUGUGACACUGGCACGGUCCUGUGUGAUGAAAUCGUCUGUGAGGAGCUGAAAGACUGUCCCAAACCCGAGAUCCCGUUUGGGGAGUGCUGCCCGGUCUGUGCUGCUGACCCGCCUUCCCCCGGGUUGCCAGGUGCUAAGGGACAAAAGGGGGAACCAGGAGACAUAACAGAUGUUGUGGGGCCGAGGGGACCGGCGGGGCCUACGGGACCGCCAGGAGAACAAGGACCACGGGGAGCGAGAGGAGACAAGGGCGAGAAGGGAAAUCCUGGCCCCCGUGGUAGAGAUGGUGAACCCGGUAUCCCUGGAAACCCUGGGCCCCCUGGACCCCCGGGGCCAAAUGGACCCCCUGGCCUUGGUGGAAACUUUGGUGCUCAGAUGGCCGGUGGAUUUGAUGAUAAAGCUAGCGCACAAAUGGGUGUGAUGCAAGGACCAAUGGGACCGAUGGGGCCGCGAGGACCACCAGGCCCCAAUGGAGCUCCUGGCCCACAAGGAUUUCAAGGAAACCCAGGAGAAGCCGGAGAGCCCGGAUCAGCCGGCUCGAUGGGUCCCCGUGGCCCACCUGGUCUCCCAGGCAAACCUGGAGAUGAUGGUGAAGCAGGAAAACCUGGUAAUAGUGGUGAACGUGGACCAAAUGGACCUCAGGGAGCCCGUGGAUUUCCAGGAACACCAGGUCUACCUGGAAUCAAGGGACACAGAGGUUACCCAGGUUCUGAUGGUGCUAAAGGAGAAUCUGGAGCUGUUGGAUCUAAAGGUGAGGCUGGCUCGACCGGAGAAAGUGGGGCUCCUGGACCAAUGGGUCCUCGUGGUUUACCUGGUGAACGUGGACGGCCGGGACCUUCUGGAACUGCUGGUGCUCGUGGAAAUGAUGGCUUACCUGGUCCUGCUGGUCCUCCGGGUCCUGUUGGUAUAAUUGGAGCUCCUGGUUUCCCGGGAUCUCCCGGGGCUAAGGGUGAAGCAGGUCCUACCGGUGCCCGUGGACCUGAGGGUGCACAAGGACCUCGUGGAGAGUCUGGUGUCCCUGGAGCUCCAGGGCCUUCUGGAGCCUCUGGUAACCCUGGCACAGAUGGAAUCCCUGGAGCCAAAGGAUCAGUUGGGGCUUCUGGUAUUGCCGGUGCUCCUGGUUUUCCGGGUCCUCGUGGCCCUCCUGGACCUCAGGGUGCAACAGGUCCUCUUGGACCAAAGGGACAGUCUGGUGAUGCUGGCCUGGCAGGGUUCAAGGGUGAAGCUGGUCCCAAAGGAGAGAUUGGUAAUGCUGGACCUCAAGGGGCCCCUGGCCCUUCUGGAGAGGAAGGUAAGCGAGGACCCAGAGGAGAGCCUGGUGCACUUGGACCCAUCGGACCACCUGGAGAAAGGGGUGCACCUGGUAACCGAGGUUUUCCUGGACAAGAUGGUCUGGCUGGUCCAAAGGGCGCUCCGGGGGAGCGUGGAUCUCCGGGAUCAUCAGGGCCUAAGGGAGCCGGCGGUGAUCCGGGAAGGCCUGGAGAACCCGGUCUGCCCGGUGCAAGAGGUCUGACCGGGCGUCCGGGCGAUGCUGGUCCACAGGGCAAAGCUGGUCCAUCUGGAGCUCCUGGUGAAGAUGGCCGUCCAGGACCACCGGGCCCUCAGGGUGCUCGCGGUCAGCCUGGAGUGAUGGGAUUCCCCGGACCCAAGGGUGGCAGUGGUGAGGCUGGGAAAGCUGGAGAGAAAGGACUCGCUGGAGCUCCUGGUUUACGUGGUCUGCCUGGUAAAGACGGUGAGACCGGUGCGGCGGGACCUCCAGGACCAGCUGGUGUUGCAGGUGAAAGAGGUGAACAGGGUCAGCCCGGUCCUUCAGGUUUCCAGGGUCUGCCCGGACCCCCUGGCCCCCCUGGUGAAGGAGGUAAACCUGGUGACCAGGGUGUUCCAGGAGAAGCUGGAGCUGCUGGAGCCACAGGACCUCGAGGUGAGCGUGGUUUCCCAGGAGAGAGAGGAGGUGCAGGACCAGCUGGCCUUCAGGGGCCGCGUGGUCUUCCAGGAACACCAGGAACCGAUGGGCCGAAGGGUGGUGUUGGGCCUGCUGGUCUUUCUGGCGCUCAGGGCCCUCCAGGUUUGCAGGGAAUGCCUGGUGAGAGAGGAACGCCUGGAAUUUCAGGACCAAAGGGUGAUAGAGGUGACAUUGGUGAGAAAGGACCUGAAGGCGCUCCUGGUAAAGAUGGUGCAAGAGGUUUAACAGGUCCACUUGGUCCUACUGGUCCUUCUGGACCCAACGGUGAGAAGGGAGAAUCUGGACCUGCGGGGCCCUCUGGACCUGCCGGUACCCGUGGAGUUCCUGGUGACAGAGGAGAAACCGGUCCUCCUGGUCCCGCUGGUUUUGCUGGUCCACCAGGUGCAGAUGGACAGCCUGGUGUUAAAGGAGAACAGGGUGAAGGGGGACAGAAAGGUGACGCUGGUGCUCCCGGCCCUCAGGGACCCUCCGGAGCUCCAGGUCCUCAGGGACCAACUGGUGUGUCUGGACCAAAGGGGGCUCGUGGUGCUCAAGGACCUCCUGGUGCCACAGGUUUCCCUGGAGCUGCUGGUCGAGUUGGACCGCCAGGUCCUAAUGGCAACCCUGGUCCUGCUGGUUCUGCUGGCCCUCCUGGUAAAGAUGGUCCCAAGGGUGUACGAGGUGAUGGUGGUCCUCCUGGAAGACCAGGUGAUGCUGGCUUACGUGGGCCAGCCGGUACUUCGGGCGAGAAGGGAGAGCCUGGUGAAGAUGGUCCUCCUGGUCCGGAUGGCCCAUCAGGUCCUCAGGGUCUGGCUGGACAGCGUGGUAUUGUUGGACUUCCUGGACAGCGUGGUGAAAGAGGUUUUCCUGGCUUGCCUGGACCUUCUGGGGAGCCUGGGAAACAAGGGGCUGCUGGUGGACCUGGAGAUCGUGGACCCCCAGGACCUGUAGGAGCUCCUGGACUGACAGGAUCUGCUGGAGAACCUGGUCGAGAGGGAAAUCCUGGAUCUGAUGGUCCUCCUGGUCGAGAUGGUGCUCCAGGAAUCAAGGGUGACAGAGGUGAAACUGGUCCAUUUGGAUCUCCUGGUGCUCCAGGUGGUCCUGGUGCACCUGGUCCGGUCGGACCCACCGGUAAACAGGGAGACAGAGGAGAGGCCGGACCAAAAGGACCUGCUGGACCUCCUGGCCCUGCUGGAGGUCGGGGAAUGCCUGGACCACAAGGACCACGUGGAGAUAAGGGAGAGUCUGGUGAUACAGGUGACAGAGGACAGAAAGGACACAGAGGAUUCACCGGACUUCAGGGUCUGCCUGGGCCUCCUGGGCAGCCUGGUGACCAGGGUGCUACUGGACCCGCUGGACCAGGUGGAGCGAGAGGACCCCCAGGCCCUGUUGGUCCAUCUGGAAAAGAGGGAUCAAAUGGUAUGCCUGGACCCAUCGGACCCCCUGGACCUCGUGGUCGUUCUGGAGAGACUGGGCCAGCCGGUCCCUCUGGAAACCCCGGACCCCCCGGUCCUCCUGGACCUCCAGGGCCUGGCAUUGACAUGUCUGCAUUUGCUGGUCUCUCUAACCUUGAGAAGGGUCCAGAUCCCUUGAGGUACAUGAGGGCAGACCAAGCCGCAGACGGAAUUCGCCAGCAUGACACAGAGGUAGAUGCCACUCUGAAGACCCUGAACAAUCAGAUGGAGAACAUCCGCAGCCCUGAUGGAACUAAGAAGAACCCUGCCCGUACCUGCAGAGAUCUCCGACUCUGCCACCCAGAUUGGAAGAGUGGCGAGUACUGGAUCGAUCCUAACCAGGGCUGCACUGUUGAUGCUAUCAAGGUGUUCUGUAACAUGGAGACUGGUGAGACCUGUGUCUAUCCAAAACCCUUGAAUAUACCACGCAAGAACUGGUGGACCACAAAGGGUACUGAACGCAAGCAUGUUUGGUUUGGAGAAGCAAUGAAUGGUGGAUUCCACUUUAGCUAUGGGGAUGAAAAUUUGGCACCUAAUACAGCAAGUAUACAGAUGACCUUCCUAAGACUACUGUCCACAGAGGCCUCGCAGAACCUGACGUACCACUGCAAAAACAGCGUGGCCUACAUGGAUGAAGCCAAUGGCAACCUGAAGAAGGCUCUGCUGCUACAGGGCUCCAACGACGUGGAAAUCAAAGCAGAGGGCAACAGCCGUUUCACUUACACUGUUCUUGAGGAUGGCUGCAAGAAACACACAGGACAAUGGGGAAAGACAGUUAUUGAAUACAGGUCACAGAAGACUUCACGUCUACCCAUUGUGGACAUUGCACCUAUGGAUAUUGGAGGAGCAAACCAGGAGUUUGGAGUGGAUGUGGGCGCAGUCUGCUUCUUAUAAAGACAAAGGAACAGAUGAAACCAGCGUAGAUACGAGAGACAGCACACACUCCAGAGCGAGGGAUUAAGUGAGAGAGGAAGUGAAGAACCAGGACACAUUGAUGAGUAGAAUAAGAGUUUCUGAAGGUGUUUGUUUCAAGUAUGCACUGAUACAGCAAAACUCAUCUGUGACUGAUCAAUAACCGGAGCUGAAGCCUCUCUCUGUCCACGCACCCUCUUCCUUCUGGAAAUGAUACAUACGGGAAUAUGCCAGUAAACAUGACAGGAAAAGUAAAUGGGCAUCUUGGGUUUAUUUAUUUAUUGUUAAGGUGCUAUUCCCACUGUGCAUUUGGAUCAAGUAUACCAGUGACUUCCCUACUUAAUGUUUUGAUUAUCUUCAUCUAUCAUUAUAUGGUCCACAUGCAUUUAACAAAACCCUGAACAUUGACAAUCACGUGCAAACACCACAGUGUACUGUAUGUAUAUUGCUGUGCAUUAAAACUUAAUCAAUGGUGCUAAUCUUAUAAAACACCUUUCCCAACAACUGGAUAUAUAAAAAACAUCUUCAUGCUUGAUGUAUAAUUUCUGUGAGUCCAUUAUCUUUAGGUUAUAUUCGUCUUUGACUCCCUAAACCUUUAAUAUAUUUAGUGUACUUUUGAAAGAAUUUUACUCUUAAGCUACCUCACCUAAAAUGGCCAUAGUAAUUAGGCAGAACGUGAUCUGUUAUGUAUUCAUAACAACCGUUCUGAUGUCCAGUCUUUAAAAUAUCUUUGUUGGUGAGAUCUAGAGGUCCAUUCUGGUAUAAUUAAAUUCACAAGGUCUUGGCUAAAUGUGAUAGUGGCAAAGCUAAAGGUUGUAUAAUUGUUUGUCUUUUCUCUGGUUUUACUUCAUGUAAAUUUAUUUGCAACAUUUCAAAAUGUAGGACCCAACAAUUUCUCUUUUAAGCGUUUUACAUUUUCCGUUUCUGAUGCACUCCUAGAGUACGAGCCGGCAACUCCUGCACGUCAACCCAUCGUCCUUUUGUGUGGUGCUGUUUUGUGAUUUUUUUUCUAAAAUAAAAGGAAAAUACAUUUAUGAUCGUCAUAUAGUAUGGGGAACAGA